AUGGCUGCCGACACGCUAAAUGAAGGGCCAAGCUCGCCCUUGGCCGAGAGCUCAGAUUCUGAACUCUCGAUCCUCUCUCGGUCGCCCACCCCCCCGCUGGAGCUCAGCAGAUCCUUCGCUCAACAGCGCGCAUACGUUUCCCCAUCCUCGUCUCGACGGUCUUCUGCCAAGACCACACCCGCGCCAGAAGACAUGCCUUCACCACCUUCCAGCAAUGACGAGAACCCGCGCCCCUCGAAAAGACGAAAGAUUGCCGAGCCCAAGGAGCGCACAGCCGAAUAUCUCGAUCUUUCCACAACCGAAAUAAACCAAGACGAACUGCCACAACUGCAGCGCUUGCUAAACGUCCUGCACAAGAAGCGCAAGAUUGUUGUCAUUGCAGGUGCAGGUAUAUCCGUGUCGGCCGGCAUUCCAGACUUCCGAUCCUCAACGGGCUUGUUCAACACGCUCAAGAAGGAGCACAAGCUCAAAUCGUCCGGCAAGGAUCUCUUUGAUGCCUCUGUAUACCAGGAUGACACGUCUACAUCUACCUUUCAUGACAUGGUGCGCACACUUUCACAGCACACCAAGUCAGCAGAGCCCACUGCCUUCCACCAUCUUCUCGCAACUCUCGCUCAAGAAGGGCGCUUGAUGCGACUCUACACCCAAAACGUCGACGGUAUAGACACCUCCCUACCACCCUUGAGCACAGAAGUCCCACUACCUAAGAAGGGACCUUGGCCAAAGACUGUGCAGGUGCACGGAGGUCUUGACUACAUGGUUUGUUCGAAAUGCCACGCCUUGGCGCCUUUCGACGCCGAACAAUUCAAUGGACCUAAACCCCCGCCGUGCCCGAGCUGCGUGGAAAACGAUGAAAUCCGCCUGUUCGCUGACAAGCGAAGCCAUGGAAUUGGGCGAUUGCGGCCUCGCAUGGUUCUCUACAAUGAAUACAAUCCUGAUGACGAGUCUAUUGGUUCUUGCGCAUCACAUGAUAUGCGAAUGCGGCCGGAUGCUGUUAUCGUAGCCGGUACCACGUUAAAGGUCCCUGGGGUACGACGCAUCGCCCGGGAAAUGUGCAACAUUGUGCGCGAUCGAAAGGACGGCGUAACAGUUUGGCUUAAUAACGACCCCGAGCCGCUAGGCAAAGACCUCGAAGAUAAAUGGGAUCUGGUCGUGAAGGGACCCUGUGACGAAGUUGCUCGCCACGCGAAAAUGCGACGAUGGGAUGAUCCCAUGGAUUAUAAGACUGUCACCGAUGAAGAUCUUAGCAAAGUCAAGGAGAAGCAAAGAGCAGAGGUUGUUAUUGGCACCCCUCGCAAACCAGGUGUACUUCGCAACGCUGGCCAGUUGACACCUGGUCAAAGUCCUCGCAUUCUUCCCAAAUCUUUCAAUAAAGAGGAGCCGGACACGCCAUCGAGGAAGGGUACAAAGCGGAAGACUGAUGCACAGAUGGACCUAUUUGGAAAAGUCGCAAAUAAAGGACUCCCGAAAAGGCCCAAGGCCCAGCCGAAGAAAGCGGCAGCAAGCAGGAAGUCGAAGAAGGAGUCGAAGAAUGAUGUGCCCGCUAUCAACAAUGUCUUCAAGGCUACGAAGGGCACUGCAAGAUCUUCGACUAAGAAAGCUUCCGAUGCCAGCCUUACAGUCAUCGAGUCCAAAUACACGCUGCAACCACAGUUGAAGCCUAAAGAAAACGUCAGCGAGAGCAUUCACGUCCAAAAGACCCGUUCUCCGGCCACUCCGAGGAAGACCACACGGUUGACUAAGAUCAAGGCGGACUAUGUUUUCAGACCCGUGUCGAAUGUGGACGGCCGUAACAAUCACUCACCAAAGCGGCCACCCAUCGAGAGCUUUACACCAACCAAGGACCGCACUCCAAGUGCCCAACUCCAAGAGGAGAUGGCAUACGCGCGUGCUACAUCCUCUAGGGAUGAUUUUCGUCCUUCAUCAUCCGGUAGCGCGCAGCGGCACAUCAUCGAAAGUCCCACGGGGGCGGUGCCCAAAAAUAUGAAUCACCUGCUCUGUUAG